CGGACAGAAUUGCAAUGAAGCGGCAAUAAAUUGCGAACGUUCCAUUUAGCCAAACAAGAAAAUGCCCCACGUGAACUGUCAACUCAAUGCCACUAAAAACUAACUGCAAAACAACUAAGUAGAGCUCAAUAGUUUAACACACGAUCAACAAUUCGGGCCGUGCUCUCUUUGCAAAAUAUUUAUCAUUUCUGCAAAUAAUGUGUGUGUAUGCCAAGACCCACGUACACUAAGUGGCCGCUUAUAAAAGUUUUGGUAUGUGGGGCCAAGAAGCGUAAAUCUCAAAGACCCGCUUUAGAGUGAAGACUAGACCUUCCAUGAUGGCAUUUUGGCCACAAUAUCGACUAUUCGCACUCUUAUUGGUAAUUCACACGGGCAGCCAGAUAUACACUCAUGCAAGUCAUAGCAGCAACAGAAUUCGCAGCAUCCAGACUGUCACGCAAUGGAAUCAAUUGGAAUACGCAUUUCCCACGGCUCAGGACGUUAUCAAUGCCCUGACCACGGGUGAAUUAUUACCCGAUAAUGGAACACCCAUUGAUGUGCAGCCGCAAUACUUGCCAAAUGGUCUAGUGAGAAUAUUUACGAGCAUACCCAGAUUUUUGGGUGGCAUACCCUUCACGCUGGCCACUGUGUCGUCCAAGUUUGGCGAUAAUGGGCCGCUACUACAGCCAUAUCCAAGCUUGGACUGGCAUAAUAAGAAUGGGGAGAAUUGCGAUCAAAUAACCUCAGCAUUUCGUGUGACCAUUAACGAGUGCAAUCAAAUGUGGGUUCUCGAUUCAGGCGUCAUAGGUAGAGAUCAAGUUUGUCCACCCCAGCUGCUUCUUUUUAAUCUGGGGGACGAUCGUUUAUUGCACCGCUUCCGUUUCCCCAACACCACAUACGUUCCCGGCGGCUCGCUCCUCAUCGCGCCAAGCCUGCUCGUAAGAGACCCGCCACCGCAUGGGCAAUGUGAGCAUACAAUGAUAUACAUAGCCGAUGUGAGCAAUCAUGGUCUGGUUAUUUAUGAUCAAUACGAGGAUGUGGCCUGGCGAGCGGAGCAUCGUUUCAUGUAUCCCGAUCCAGACUAUGGUCUUCACACAAUUGCCGGAGAGAGCUUCACUCUGAUGGACGGCAUCUUCACGGUUAACAAUGAUAAGCGUAAUCUGUACUUCCAUCCACUGGCCAGCAGAAGCGAAUACUCUGUGCCAUUGAGCGUGCUUAACAACGCCAGUCAUUGGGUCGGUAGUGUCGAUGCCAUGCAAGAUCAGUUCGUACAAAUCGGAAAACGCAACAGCGAAUGCACCGCCUCCGCUAUGGAUAGCCGCUACAAUCUCUACUGCGUUACCUUAAAUCCCGUCGAGCUGAUUGUGUGGAAUGUGAACACGCGUUACAAUCCAAGAAAUUUCGCCGUUUUGCCUGCCAAUCCCAAAGACUUGCAGUUUGUGAGCGGCAUGAAGGUGGUACGUAAUGCUGAGGGACAUGAGGAGCUCUGGCUAUUUUCUAAUCGAUUCCAGAAGGUGGCGGCGGGCACUCUAACUGCCGAAGAGGUCAACUUUCGCAUUUUGCGACGUCAGCUCGAUGAUGUGCAGAGUGGAGCAUUCUUUCCACAUUACGAUAUAGACUACGACGAUUAUGGGAAUCGUCUAUAGUAUGCCUAAGGUUAUAUUUUCUAAUUGAUUAAACAUAGUCAUUAAAUAGAAUACACACAAUAUUUUCGGCUGUCAUGCACGCGGCUUAUCAAGGCAAAGUUCACUCUUCGUGUUAUCAGUAUGGGCCGGACAAUGUCGAAAAUAUGCCAAACAUGGCGCUAUAGAGAUCCACUGUGGAUCCACUUCGUUAUUAUUGUUAUUGUAUGUGUUGUUGCUAGCUGUAUGCACGCACGACUUAAGAGCAACAGGUUUCCAGAUCUUCAAAACUGGAUCGACCUCAAAAUGAAAUUGUUGUGGGUAAACAACUACCUGUUGCUCUGAUAGUGUAUG